GGUUGUACAAUGCACAUCUUUGAAACCACCUCUGGGAAGAUGAAGCUUCCACUAGCAGCGGUUUGGUUUGGAAUGCGCUUGUUUUAAGAAUACCUGGGAAUUUCUACCCAUAUUUGCCUAUUCCAACAUAAAUCAGAGAACAAUGAGUUAUUUUUAUUUUUUGUAUAUUUUCACACUACGUAACAAUUUUUCUUCCUUCUCGUUUUGUUCAAUGGGAAAAACUUGAGCCAGUGGUGUAGCUGAUUCUUACUUCAUCACAUUCCUCUACUGAGCCAAAUUCUUGAAACCACGUCCACAGUACAUCUAUUUUUGUGUGUUGGUUGUUGGGUUUUUUUUUCUUUUAUGUGACAUAUGUCACUUUUUGAGUGUUUUUAACUAUUCUGGUUUGAACCUGUGCUCUUGUGUUGCUGAGUAGUCAUAGAAUCACUCAAGGAAUUAAAGAAUUUCAGCCUUAGAAGAUGACUCAUAUGCUUCAGCAACAUUUUUAUGGCUGUGCUUGGCUCAUUAAUACAGGAGUUUAACAGUAGUAAUAUGAGGUAUUGCAUUAAUUGUUGCAUACAUUUAUUACCAAAUGACUUGCACAGACAGUGUUUCAGAUGCCGUGGACCUAAUCAUAAUAACCAGAAGUGUCCUGUUUGCAAAGGAGAAAAUAAGAUCCCUUUGUACACCGAUAGCAAGCAGAUGAAGUUGCUUGCAGUUCUGGAAGUAAGGACUGAUCACAGUGAAAGCUGGAAUGGAUUUUUCUGCUUGAGGAAGGGGAAACUAUGCAGCUUAAUAUUUGGGUUGAUUAUAAUGACUCUAGUGAUGGCAUCCUACAUACUGACUGGAGCCAAGCAUGGCCUGUUGUUAAUCCCAUCUCCCUUCCAUUACGGAGCUUUUACUAGCAAUCCAAGCCUAAUGGACAAUGAAAGCCUUAGUGACAUGAAAGACCAUUACCAGCCUUCUAAAAUGAAUAUUUCAUAUGUAAAGGAUUAUCCAAGCAUUAAAUUAAUUAUUGACACUAUUACUUCAAAGAUAGAGUUUAUAACGAGACAGCGCCCUGAUUUAGAAGAGCUGAGGAAACAAGAACCACAUAUGUUUUCAGUAAUUCCUAAUAAAUUCCUUCCAAAUAGCAAGAAUCCUUGUUGGUAUGAAGAGUACAGAGGAAACACAACCACAGAUCCUUAUGCAACAAACUCCUAUGCACUGUAUUCAAAGCGCUUUCGAACCAUAUUUGAUUACCUCAGGAAGGUAUUUUGGAACCACUUGUACCAUUAUAAAGACAAACACUACCGCCUGCGCUGUCUCCCCCAUUUCUACAUCAUCGGUCAGCCCAAGUGCGGGACAACGGACCUGUACGACCGGCUCAGGCUGCACCCUGAUGUUCGGUUCUCAGCAAUCAAAGAGCCACACUGGUGGACGAGAAAACGGUUUGGAAUCAUUCGUCUGAGGGAUGGAUUUCAUGAUCGCUACCCAGUGGAAGAUUACCUUGACCUGUUUGAUUUAGCAGCACAUCAGAUUCAGGGUGUGCUGCAGAGCGAAGCGGCAAAAGAACGCGGCAAGAUGAACAACAUCAUAAUUGGUAGGGCAAAUACAGCCUCUGAAAUAUGUCUCUGCAGCUCCAG